AUGUCUCAUCCCAAUGUCAAAGCAGGUGGCAAGAUCCUACCCAUCGUGCGCUGGGGUACACCCACCCUGCACCGCGAGUUACGCCCAGCGACGUGCUUCGAUACCAAAGACCUUGACGCCCUCAUUGCAGAUAUGUUCGCAACCAUGUACGCCGCCGAUGGAGCCGGGCUGGGGGCGAACCAGGUCGGCGUGGACCUGAAGAUGUUCGUGUAUGAUUUGACGGACUCGAAGGGGGCAAGAAGUUGGGGGGCUGUGUGUAAUCCUGUCAUCGAAUCUUCGUCUCCGAGGCGGGUCAUCGAUGGCGACCGCCAGUAUGCAGCUGCGGCGGGUAUGAUGCUCCAAGCCGACUCUGGCGGUCAACCACACGCGCAGCAGACCCAAACCAUGACGGAAGGCUGCCUCUCGUACCCUGGCGUCUCGGCCUCCGUCUCUCGCCGCCGCUCCAUCACGAUCAACGGACUAGAUCAGCGCGGCAAGGCUCUAAAGAUCCACGCCUCGGGACUCCUCGGGCACGUGUUACAGCACGAGGUCGACCAUUUGAAUGGGAUCGUCUAUGGUGAUCGUGUACCACCGGCCGUGAGGCGAAACAUGGACAGGGAGUACAGAGCGUUGGAGGGGAAGAGGUCGUAUCCGGACGACUGGCCUGCGACACAAUCGAACCAUAAAUGGCUGAUCUAA